AUGACAGUCCCCAAAACAAACAUUCAACUUAAGAAACUUAAAAUACAGGAAACAGAAACAGAUAAACUUCGUCUCUCAGUAGAUAGAGACGCGCUUCGUAAAACUGUCAGUGAACUGAGAGGGCAGAAAGAUGUUUUAAAUAUGACCAUUAGUGAACUAAAAUUGCAAAAAGAUGCUUUGAACAAGACUAUUAGUGAGCUAAAGGAUGAGAAAGAAACAGCAGAGCAAGGAAAAGCCUUUUACACAUCUGAGACAGAGAAGUUGAUUGGGCAGAACAAAGAUUUGGAGCAAGAGCGUGACUACUACAAAGAGGAGAUGAUGAAGCUUCAGACUCAGAGAGCAAACCUGGAGCAAGAGAGAGACUUCUUUAGAGACCAGAGUGGUGAGACUCAGGCAGAGAAGAGGCAGGCUGAGAAGGAGCGUGAAUACUACAGUGAACAGGUGAUACAGCUGUUGGACAUCCUUAAGAGCAAACCCUCGUCUACACCCUCGACACCCAUGCAGAUUGGCAGGCCUCGACCCAAGCCCAUUUCCCCAGAGAAUGAGAUUGCUCGACUGACACAUGAGCGAGAUGUUUUAAAACAAGAGCGAGAUUUCUACAAAAUGCAGUACCAGUCUUUUAAGAGCCAACAAGCAGGAGGAUCAGCAGGUUCCCUAGCUUCAGGUAGUGUUGGAGUGGGUCCAGCUGUCACAGCUGCUGGAGGCCAACCACCCACAGCUCCCUUAGCUACAGGCCCUACUGCUGCUGCUGCAGCUACCGUGGCUCCAACAGUAGGUGGCCCAGUUGUUGCGAGCUCACCUGUGUCUCCUCCACCCAGACCUCAGUCUGUGCCUGUUGCACCUUUUGAUUUGGAAACUAUCAGAAGAGAGCGAGAUUUCUUCAAACAACAGAUGGAAUACUUCCGACAGCAGUUGAAUCUGCAGCUGGCUCGUGGAACUGCACCACCGACGGCAACCACUGACACUGACCGUCCUCUGCGUUCUCCCCUAACUCGAGCAUCAUCAGACACCACACCACAGCGUGAGGCAGAUUCUUCAGCACUAAGAAAUGAGGUGAGAGUAUGCCAGCAGGAGCGGGACUUCUUCAAACAACAAUAUGAGAAUCUUAAAGCGAGCAUUGCACAGCCUAUGCCUCAGACAGAAGAGGUGGAUAUCAGCAACGUAUUGCGUGAGAGGGACAUGUUGCAGCAAGAACGUGAUUUCUUCCGUACCCAGUACAAUGAUAUCUCUCGCAGGAUAGCUCAGAUCACAGCAACUACACCUUCUGUCUCACAGACUAUUAGACAGGAAAUGGAAGCCCUAAUGGCUGAGAAGCGAGGACUAAACAUUACCAGAGCUGACCUUGAGGCUCAGGUUCGAGCUCUUAAUGAGAAGUUAAUUGAAGCUGAACGUGAGAAGGGUGAGAUAGACAGCCACACUAGAGAGCUGCACUCUGCUAUCGAAAAGUUGCAGGAUGCUGCCACUCAGAGGUAUCCCCCGUCCACUCAGGCCUUCAUCAUGGAAAUUAGGAAAGCACGAGAUGUUGCUAUGGCUGACUUGGAUAAGGUGAAGAAGGAUCGAGAUCAGCUUAGGGAGAAACUAAGGGAAGCAACAUCCCACCAAAUUAGAGAGAAAGCGACCUUAGAGGAAGAGGCAUCAAACCUCCGCCGACAAACAGAAGAGGGAGGAAGGACGGUGACAGAUCUGCAGCAACGUUUACACUCGCAGGCUGCUCUCAUCGCAUCUUUGCAAGAUCAAGUGCAAAAUUUGCAGGAUGCUCUCCAGAAAGCUCAUGAUGAACUAGGUUUGCGGGGCAAACAGUCUGAUGAAAUAAAAAAACUUUUAGAUAGGAAGGUAGGUGAGAUGGGGGAUGCUGAACAUCAGCUUGAAUUUCGUCUCAAUCAGCUAUCAGCAGCACAGACUAGAGUGAAAGAACUGGAGGCCGAGCUGUCACGAGUAAAUGAAGAACUUGCCGAUGCAAGAGCAGAGGGCACAGCCAUGAGGACUAGUGUUAGCCGCUUAGAUCAUGACAAAGAUCGUCUCAGUAAUGAACUGGACACAAAAAUUGAACACCUGGCAAACCUGAGAGAAGAACUGCGGAAGAAGGAAUCAUCAAUAGCAAUACUGGAAGGCAACAUAACAAAGUUGGAAGGCAAACUUGAUGCUGCAUUAUCAACAGUGGCAGCGGAGGAGCGCAAGGUGGCAGGGGAAGAGCGGCGAGGACAGCGCCUGGAGCAGGACCUGGCUGCUACCAUCCUCGCCAAAGAUGCUGCUAACAAGGAGAUCAGACGUCUGCAGAUGGAGUUGUCAAGCAUGACUCAGGAUUACAAGAACCUACAAGGAGAGCUCAGCAAGUGUCAGGUAUCAAAGGACAAUUUCAAGAAGAAAGCACAGGAGUACUGUCUCACCUUAGAGGAACUGACAAAUAUUCUGUCCACCAAGGAUUCUGAGCAGUCAUUGUUGAAGAAGCAAUACUUGAACCUAAACGAAGCAGUGUCAUCACUCAAGUCUCUUAACGCCUCACUGGAGGAGAGUAUCACAACGCGAGAGCAGGAGAUGACCAAAGUGGAAGCAAUGAUGGCCAAGUUUAAGGAGGAGAGAGAACAGCUUAUUAGUCAGAUGAUGGAGGCAAGUCAAAAGUGUGAUGAACUAGAGGACUCGUGCAGGAAGUUAGAAGAGGACAAGUAUAAUGUUGAGAAAGAGUUGCUCACCACCCGUGACUUGGCACAAAAGCUGGAGAUGAAGAGAAGUCAGGGUGAAGGAGAGGUGGCCAGGCUCACCACUAGCCUGGAGAAGGUAUUGGAACAGAAGCGGUCUCUAGAGCAGAGGUUAGAUGCAGCUACCAGUCAGCUCAACAGUGAGCGGUCUACUGUCAGAUCCAUGGAAGAGGUACUUAAUGAGAAGCGUCGAGCAGAAUGGUCAUCAGAGGCCACUAACAAGCAGUUGGAAGUAGAAAAACACCAACUGCAAAGAAAGAUCUCAGAGCUUCAAGAGCAACUAGAAGAUGAAGUAAACGAGUCCAAAAGAUUUCGGACCAGAGCAGCACAACUGGAGAGUGAUGUAGAACGGAUGCGUCGUGAAUUAACUGACGAGAGAUUUGAGAGAGAACGAACAUCACAGGAGUUACGGCGGGUACAAAAAUUCCAAAACAUUAGUCGUGCAUUAGAUACUCUUGAUACUGGACCCCAGGCCACCAAAGAGGGUUCAAGACCCCUGGUCAGGGUAUCGCCACCUGAUCCACACACCAGUCCUGUCUCCUCAAAGUUGCCCAGUAGAUCAGAAUCUCCACUCCCCUCAGCGUCACAAACAGAGGCCCAGUUAGAGAGGCGUCGUAGUUUUAGUAAAGCGCACGCUACUCAUAUCCACAGUUCCUCCUCUGACACAGGACUGGAGAGGAGUCAGGCUAGAUCCAGCAGUACAGAUUCUCACAAGGAACCUUGGAGACUUGCCUUUGGAAGCAGAACUUCACAAUUUGCAUGGCAAAGUGCCAGCCAAGAAUCCAUCCACCAGUCACCAGUUACAUACAGGCGAGCAGCUGAUGAAAGCCCUCCAUCUAGAGUAGAGUCCCCUACUAGGAUAGGAAGUUCCUCUUUGCCCCAGGAACCUAAAGCUCCAGCCAUAGCCACACAGUCUCAGGCUGAGAGAACAUCCCCACAUUCUCACUCUUCUGAGAGUGCACAGGAUGUGGCCAGUGUGCGGCCAAAAGAUACAAGUUCCAGGCUAAGUUCGUACUAUGCUCUUAUAAGAUUAAAGAGUGUGUUGGGGUGAACUGAAACUUCUCUCUCCAGAAGCUAUUGUUGUAGUUUUUAAACUGUUUCAAAUAAAGCACAUUACCCUUAUCCGAAAAACUGACACAGUACAAUACAAUGGUGCAUCAUCGCAGUAUCUCAGAAAAGCCAGAAUUAUAUUGAUUUCUGGUAUUCAGGGAUGUAACAAGGUAGAGUAUUGAGAAGAUUUCAAUUAUAUAUGGAGUGCUUUAUGUAUGAUGAAAUAUUAUGUCAUGCUCAACAUUUUUUGGGGGGAUAUGUGCUCACUGUCAAAUUUUGGUAAUGUACUCUAAGCUUAUCUUCAAAAAUUUUCAUUGAAUAACAAAAUUGUUUAAUCCAUAUAGCCAUGAAUUUUAGUCAUCACUUUCCAUAUGUAGAUAGAUAUAAAACAAAAAAGUAUUAUGGUAAUGGCAUCAAUUCUUUAGUAAAUGUUCCACCUGUUAUUGUAAUAUCUUUAUCUCUUAAGACUUGGACAAGUCAGUGACUGCAUUGUCUGCCAAGUUUUUCUCAUGUUGUUACUACAGUAAGGAAGCUUGCAAUUAGAAACUAGGUACAGGUCGGCCAUCACUAAUCCGGCAAUCAGUUAUCUGGUUCCAUAAGUAAUCUGGCACUAAUUUUGGCUAGCAUAAUUGCAAAUUUCAUUAUACUGACUCAAAUUUCAUCAUUAUACUGACUCAGAAAUUGUGUAGAUGGUUGUAAAUCCACAGCAGCAAGCCAGUGGAGGAGAAAGCGUGAUAGGUUAAUAAAGUGUAUUCUAACCUAACCACUCUGUAAUCUGGCAAACUCACUAAUCUGGCACACUACAGGUCCCAGUGAUGGCCGACCUGUAUCAGAAAUAUGGUAAAAAAAUCAAGUGACUAACUACAGCAUUAAAUUAUCUUGAAAUGAACUUGCCUGUAGGAAAUCAGUUUGUUUCCUCAACAAGCCAGUGUUAUUGACCUUCAUUAUUAGACAAACUCAUCCAGACAUAGAUGGAAUGAUGAGCAGCUAUAGUUGUCAUGUGUUAAACACCUACAAUGAUAAUUUUGUCAACUAAUUGUAGUCAUGUAUAUUUGUCUGUAUAUGCAUACUUGUAUAUCAUUGACAAAUAUAGUAGUUAUAAAGAAUAAUUAUCUAAAACUGCAUGAAGUAUAUUUGAUUUUUUUCACAGCUGACUCUUGUGAUACUGAUAAGUGUAUAAUCACAAUUUCCUAAUGCAGUUCAUAAGAAGAAACUUUUAAUUUUAUGAACGAGGCAUCCAGCGGCAACAAAUUAGUUCUUUGAUAGACAGUAUGAACUGUAUUUCUUUGGCCUUUACCAUUAAAAUCAAUUGUUAUUGUCAAGAAUUUUAACAAGGCUUUUCCUACAUUAAUUCUCAUGCUUCGAGAGUCUACAUGCUGUGCUUUGUUCAAACAGUGCCACUCACAGUGGGCUACAAGAGGAGUUAUUAAGUGCUACACCUACUGGAAACUUAAGAAACAUUACAAAGUACCAAAGAUGGGACAGCACAAACCUAGCUGUACCUCUAUAGCUACAAAUAGGUAUAAUUACUAUCUCUUAAGUUAGAAUGUGGAGGUGUCCACA